AUGCCAGGUGAUGACGAACCCGUUAUGGACGAAGAGUUGACUAUUGCUGGAUUGGAAAGAAGCAGUGGAGGACUACCGGUCCCUUUGUUACUGCGCAUCGAAGGGGCGAAACAAGAAGUUGGGACAAGUGAGGGGACUGGUUUUGAAGGGUUCGAAGAGAUCGUGAUCGAUAGGGUCAAGCCAUUGGGCGUCCCAUCCAGAAACUUCAACCCGACGCUAAUGAAGAAAUACUACGGCACUGGCAAUGAGACAGGUGAACAAGGAAGAUACGCGGAGCAGCUCACUCGGUUUCUGAGCUCCAUCUGGGUGCAACUGGGUGUUGGUAUCUACAUGGCCGACAGAUCCGAGAAGUCCAAGGCGCCCGAGGAAAAGGAAAAGGCUCGUAAGGGCAAGAAAGCUGCAAAGAAGAAAGAGGAGGAGUACAACUCAGGCGACAACAGUCCCGUGCCGGACUUGAUUAUGUUUGACUGA